CUAUGCGCUCCCUCCGUCCACUAAACAGAAGCUAGCUGUAUGGUCUCUUUCAGAUUUUGUGAACACACACAGUUAGAAGUAAUUAUUUAUCGUUAACACCACUCGUUUGAAGCCAUGACAGCUAUAAAAGACGGAGAGUACACGGCUACAAUCUACAAACUGAUUAAAGACGGCCAGUAUGUGGAAGCAAUUCACAUCCUCAACAGCCAACUUCAAAAACACACGAAGUCCAGGGCAGCACUGUCUCUGCUGGGUUACUGCUACUAUCACAUCCAGGAUUUCACAAACUCUGCAGAGUGCUACGAGCAGCUCACCCAGCUGCACCCGGAGGUGGAGGAGUACAAGGUGUACUACGCCCAGUCCCUUUACAAAGCCGGUGCUUAUCCUGAGGCCACAAAGGCCUCCUUCGUGCUCGACAACCCCAGCAGUCACAUCAAGGUACGGCGUGUACCCAGUGCUGCGCUCAAAAUAUAA